GAUGGAGCUCCAGUCUCAACCGCACCUGUCUGGUCUGGUUUAACUGCCCAGGUGAGUUUCUGUUUCCGCCAUACUUCUACGUAACGCGCAGGGAGGGGUCGGUCACGUGGUCCUGCUAUCUGCGAUGUGGUUCUGCGGAAGGUAAUUGGCGGAAAGAAAACAGGUGAAUAUAUCUACGGCAGGUGAGUGACACUGAGAAGACAUCAUGUUCAAACUGUACAGCAAGGCCGAGUAAAUCAGGCCGCGUGACUGUGUGUGAAAGAGGACAGUGACAGACACGUUUCCAUGUCCGCUGGAGGUGGCUUCACCGGCCGUUUCGACCGGGUCCGUGAUCCAGAACCUUACUACGACCAGGUCCCUGUGGCCUCCUUAUGGAGGGCUCCGCCUCCACCCCCCCCGGGGGCACUCGGGGCAAAUCUGGCCGUGAGCAUGGACCCCCUCCCCCCUCCUCCUCUCCCGGAACAGCCCCCAGUGGGCUCAGACUUCUUCCCCACUAGCAACGGCACCUCGGAGCGCCUGGAUGAUGACAGCGCGGCCAUGGACAUCAAACCGGUCCGCCGCUUCAUCCCCGACUCCGUCAAGAACUUCUUCCGCGGCAGCAGUAUUCGCGGCAGCAAGAAGCCCCUGACCUUGCCAGCGCCGCCCUCCCCGCCGCUGACCGAGAAAGAUGACCUCAAACCGGGAUCCACCGGAGGCAUGCCCUGCUCCCCUCCCCAUUCCCCUCACCCUUCCCCCUCCCUCCCCCGCUCGUACCUGGACCCGUACGGCGGCUCGGGAGGCAGCUACAACUCCAGGAAGGAGCACGAUGCCCUACUGCUGGGAGCCGAGGCCGGGGAGUCCGUCUCGGGGCGCACCUUCCGCUCGGCCAUGACCUACAGCGAAAAGGUGGAGGACUACAACCAGCGCUAUGCCUACAUGAAGUCCUGGGCGGGGCUCCUCCGCAUCCUGGGCUGCGUGGAGCUCCUGCUGGGCGCGGUGGUCUUCGCCUGCGUGUGCGCCUCCAUCCACAAGGACAGCGAGUGGUUCAACCUUUUCGGCUACUCCCAGCCGCAGAUGUUCGGGGGGGGCGGAUACAACAGCUACAACGGGCCCAUGACCCCGUUCGUCCUGGUGGUGGUCGGGCUGGCGUGGAUCGUGACCAUCAUAAUCUUGGUGAUGGGGAUGACCAUGUACUAUCGGACUAUCCUCCUGGACUCGUCCUGGUGGCCUCUGACGGAGGGCGCCAUCAACCUGGCCAUGGUGUUCCUGUACUUGGCGGGAGGUGUGGUCUACGUGCGGGACACGACCCGGGGGGGGAUGUGCUACUACCCCAUGUUCAACAACGGCGUAAACGGGAAGUUUUGUCGCACGGAGGCCAGCCAGAACGCCGCCUUGAUCUUCCUGUUCGUCAACAUGGUGGUCUAUUUCGUGGGCGCCGGAGUGUGUAUGAAGCUUUGGCGGCACGAGGCGGCGAGGCUGAGGAGGGAGGCACUGGCACAAGAGAUGAAAACCAUUGGAUCUUCCCUGCCAAUACCUGUACUGGCCGGGUCCAGAACCUCGGAGCAGACCCCUCUCCCCACUCUCCAUAUGAUCCCAGAGGUGGACGGUAACAAUUUCUCUGCGGCUGCUCCUCUGAUGAUGGAGCCGGAGAUCCUCCGAGGGCACAUACCGUCAGGACACAUCCCCAAGCCGGUGGUCAUCGCAGACUAUGUGGCGAAGUACCCAACCAUCCGUACAGAGGAGGCGAGAGAUCAGUACAAGGCUGUGUUCAAAGACCAAUAUGCUGAGUACAAGGAGCUGCAUGCUGAGGUGCAGGCAAUGUCCCUGAAGUUUGAGGAAAUGGAUGAAAUUAUGAGAAGUCUACCCUCAAGGCCCUCCAGCCAAAUGGAGAAGGAACGCAUUGAUAACCUAAUGCUGGAGUACCAGAAGAAAAAGGCGGACCCCACGUUCCUGGAGAAGAGGGAGCGGUGUGAGUAUCUGAAGAACAAACUGUCUCACAUAAAACUCAAGAUCAACGAAUACAACAAGGUCAUGGACUGGAAUGAUGGAUUCGGCUAGAGAGAAACCCAAGCACGCACACUGAUCUCACCCGCCAGCUUUCUCUGUUAAGCAGUCUGGUUGCGCUUUGCCUCAAAACAGAACCUGACCGAAAAUGUACAGCAGUAGCAGACUGCUGGUUUAAAUUAGCUUCUCCCUCAGUCCAUUAACACCUAGCAUGAACAUUAAAACCUUCCCCUUGCAGUAGAUGGUUGACUUCAAACCCCAAUCAAGAGGUUUUAGGAAGUUAUUGAGUUCUGGAUGUACUCAUUUUAGAAGUGAUUUGAGAUGUUUGAAUACAGGGGUUGCAUCUGGCCCUAUGAAAUGGCUGCAUUCCUUGGCCGUUAUACUGACAUGCAGAGCCAUCAUCAGACCCAUUGACUCCCACAAAAUGGCAGCCUGAACCAUUACAGAUCCUCAACAUGUUCAAAAGAUGACUUCAGACUGUGGCCUGAAGGCAUUCUUCGGCUCUCCAAAAGUAAACUCAUCCGCACUUGAAACCAAUGCUCCUCUUUGACAGUGCAAUUUCCCCAUGUUCGGCAUAUGGUGUCAUGAUUUUUGAGACCGUUCCGCUUGUCAUGUUGAAUAACUUUGAGCAAUGCAUCUGCAAUUUGGGCACAGACUAUUUGGCCUCUUUGGAAAUAUGUCACUUGUCUCAUGUUUACUGUGAUUUAGUUACUUCCAAGUGACAGUCCUUUUACUGGUGGUGUUUCUGUUAUUUUGUCCAACUCGUUUUGUAUGCCUGAACCAGAAUCCGUUGGUUUUCCUGCAGUUGGAUAGAACAUUAAUUUUGGCAUAAGAUACCACAAUUUCUACAAACCUCAUCUUAUAAAGCUGUAGCAGAUUUACCCCCUUUCCCCCUUUUGAUUUUAAUCACAUCCAUUUGAAGUGCCACUGUGAAGCAGUGUUCUACUGUAGGUGCCAGAGAUUCCAAGAUGGUCACAAGGUCUCACAAACACUAACUCUGAACUGUUGAGUGGGGCUGAAUAGCAGGGUUGAAGGCUUUCACUUAAAGAUGCUCUCCAGCAUCUAAAGCUCUACGAAUACAUUUUAACACAUCAUCUGAAUUGCAGUUGGAUGGACAGUUGGAUUGCAUAAUACACCAAAAUGGGACCCUUUUAGCUUAUCAGCACCACAAGAUUACUGGUUGAAGUUAUCCUAAAGCUCUGUAGUGCAUCUUUAAAACUGCCAGAUGUCAAAUUGUAUGAAGUUUUUAAUUAUGUACACACAAAUGUACAUUUGUCUUCUGAUAAUGAACUUUUUGAAUAACAUUGUUUUAUUUCCGUCCAUGGUAUUUUUUUAGUUUUGCCUUAAAGGGACAAUAUGCAGUUCAAACAGUAAGUGGUCACCCCACCUCUGUUUUGUAAACGGCUGAGAGAUGGUAAUGGAGACAGCUAUCAAGACCCAACCAUUCAUGAUAUCACCGUUAUAGAUUAUUAUUGAAAUUUUAAGUCUAUAGAAUGUUUACUUUGUUUAGAGUAAAAUUAUGUAAUAUUUGGUUUUGAUGGGGCAGGACAGUGAAACUGAGCUGAUAAGGAAUGUAAUAAUUGUUUGUCUCAAAUUAAUGACUAUAUAAUUUCCUUAAAAGUAAGAACAAAUUUAAAUCCCUGAUCAAUAGUUUGCUCAGUAGGCUAAAAUAACUUGUUUUUUUUCAUUACUGUGUAAAUUUUUAUACCUUUGUGGUGCACCAUUUUUUUGCAAACAGUACAAAUUGUACCUGUAACUAACAUCUGUUCACAUUUUCACCGCAGACCUUUCCACAUAUUUUUCUAACUUUUUCACCAAUUGACAAAGUAUAUUGUGUGCUUUAUUUAGUAUUUAUUAAUGACUGUUUUGCAAAUUGAGUUGUGGGUGUAAAAGAAUGAAUAGUCAUGUUUCAUUCUCAUGUCGAUUCACGUGGUCUAUUGGAAUUCAACACCUUUUAGUUUAGUAAUAAUGUUAACAGUUGUUUUUAUAAAAACAUUAUGAUGGAUUUCUGUUUUUAGCUUGCUAUAAUAAAGGAAACAUUUUUUGAA